CCCGUCUCUUCUUUCUCUCUCUUCGCCAUCAGUCUUACCUUCAGGUAGCUAUGAGGUGGUUUAGAGCAGGGGCUGGUGUGGCAAAGCUUGCCGUUAGGAGGUCGUUAUCGACUAGCGGAUCCUACAAUGUGACAAGGAGUGUUGUUCCGGCGCAGAAUCGGUACUUGCACACCACAAUAUGCAAGUCCAAGGCGGAGGCUGCGCCGGUUCCUAGGCCGGUGCCGCUUUCUAGGCUUACUGAUAGUUUUUUGGAUGGGACCAGCAGUGUGUAUUUGGAAGGACUUCAGAGGGCCUGGGAAGCUGACCCCAAUAGCGUUGAUGAGUCGUGGGAUAAUUUCUUUAGGAACUUUGUGGGGCAGGCCUCUACGUCGCCUGGGAUUUCGGGGCAGACUAUUCAGGAGAGUAUGAGACUGUUGCUGCUUGUGAGGGCUUACCAGGUUAAUGGUCAUAUGAAGGCUAAACUAGAUCCUUUGGGCUUGGAGCAGAGGGAUAUCCCCGAUGAUUUGGACCCUGCGCUAUAUGGGUUCACUGAGGCUGAUCUUGACAGGGAGUUCUUUUUGGGGGUUUGGAGGAUGGCUGGGUUUCUUUCUGAGAAUCGUCCAGUGCAGACCCUUAGGUCCAUAUUGACUCGGCUUGAGCAGGCCUAUUGUGGGAGCAUUGGGUAUGAGUAUAUGCAUAUUGCUGAUAGAAACAAAUGUAACUGGUUGAGGGAUAAGAUUGAGACCCCUACGACGAUGCAGUAUAACCGGCAGCGCCGUGAGGUUAUUCUUGACAGGCUUAUUUGGAGUACACAGUUUGAGAACUUCUUGGCCACAAAGUGGACAACAGCAAAGAGGUUCGGGCUUGAAGGUUGUGAAACUCUCAUUCCUGGUAUGAAGGAGAUGUUUGAUAGGGCAGCAGAUCGUGGGGUUGAGAGCAUAGUUAUUGGAAUGCCACACCGAGGAAGACUGAAUGUAUUGGGUAAUGUUGUCCGAAAACCUUUGCGUCAGAUAUUUAGUGAAUUCAGUGGUGGCACAAAGCCGGUAGAUGAAGUUGGACUCUACACAGGGACUGGUGAUGUCAAGUAUCACUUGGGAACUUCUUAUGAUCGACCGACUAGAGGUGGGAAGAGAAUUCAUCUCUCUCUAGUUGCAAAUCCAAGUCACUUGGAAGCCGUGGAUCCAGUUGUUGUUGGGAAAACUAGAGCAAAGCAAUAUUAUUCAAAUGAUGUGGACAGAACCAAGAAUAUGGGGGUUUUGAUUCAUGGAGAUGGUAGCUUUGCUGGACAGGGAGUGGUCUAUGAGACUCUGCAUCUUAGUGCUCUUCCUAAUUACACCACCGGUGGGACUAUACACAUUGUGGUGAACAACCAAGUUGCCUUCACAACUGACCCAAUGUCUGGUAGAUCUUCAGAGUACUGCACUGAUGUUGCUAAAGCAUUGAACGCCCCUAUUUUGCACGUUAAUGCUGAUGACAUGGAGGCAGUCGUUCAUGUCUGUGAGCUUGCAGCUGAGUGGCGCCAGACUUUCCAUUCUGAUGUUGUAGUUGAUUUAGUGUGUUAUCGUCGCUUUGGGCACAAUGAGAUUGAUGAGCCAUCAUUUACGCAGCCUAAAAUGUACAAGGUUAUCAGGAAUCAUCCAAACCCUCUAACUAUUUACAAAAACAAACUUUUAGAGUCUGGACAGGUGACACAAGAAGAUAUUGAGAGGAUACAGAGCAAGGUUACUACUAUCCUAAAUGAAGAGUUCUUAGCUAGCAAAGAUUACGUUCCUCAAAGAAGGGACUGGCUUUCAUCCCAUUGGUCCGGGUUCAAGUCACCAGAACAGCUUUCUCGUAUCCGUAAUACUGGUGUAAAACCCGAGAUUUUGAAGAAUGUUGGUAAAGCAAUCACAGCCCUACCAGAAAAUUUUAAGCCUCACAGAGCAGUAAAGAAGGUAUAUGGAGAACGUGCACAAAUGAUUGAGACUGGUGAAGGCAUUGACUGGGCCGUUGGAGAAGCACUUGCCUUUGCUACACUGCUAGUAGAAGGUAACCAUGUACGAUUGAGUGGACAGGAUGUUGAGAGAGGUACAUUUAGUCAUCGACAUUCUGUACUUCACGACCAGGAAACAGGGGAAAGGUAUUGCCCUCUGGACCAUGUUAUUGCGAACCAAGAUGAGGAGAUGUUUACAGUUAGCAACAGCUCACUGUCGGAGUUUGGUGUUCUUGGAUUUGAAUUGGGCUACUCGAUGGAGAAUCCAAAUGCAUUGGUGAUUUGGGAAGCUCAAUUUGGUGAUUUUGCAAAUGGGGCUCAAGUUAUUUUUGAUCAGUUUUUGAGUAGCGGGGAGUCAAAGUGGCUUCGCCAAACUGGGCUUGUUUUACUGCUUCCACAUGGUUAUGAUGGUCAGGGACCUGAACAUUCUAGUGCAAGAUUGGAGCGUUUUCUUCAGAUGAGUGAUGACAAUCCUUAUGUCAUACCUGAGAUGGAUCCUACACUUAGGAAGCAAAUUCAGGAAUGCAAUUGGCAGGUUGUGAAUGUGACCACUCCUGCUAAUUAUUUCCAUGUCCUGCGUCGUCAGAUAAACAGGGAUUUCCGCAAGCCUCUUGUUGUGAUGGCUCCUAAAAACUUGCUUCGGCACAAGGACUGCAAAUCAAAUUUAUCUGAGUUUGAUGAUGUUCAAGGCCACCCAGGUUUUGACAAGCAGGGAACCAGAUUUAAACGCCUCAUUAAAGAUCAAAAUGACCACUCUGAUCUGGAGGAGGGUAUUAGAAGACUUGUUCUUUGCUCUGGGAAGAUUUACUAUGAGAUUGAUGAAGAGCGAAGAAAGGCCAGUGCAAAGGAUGUUGCAAUAUGUAGAGUGGAACAGCUUUGUCCCUUCCCAUAUGACCUCAUCCAGCGAGAGCUGAAGCGAUAUCCAAAUGCUGAGAUAGUUUGGUGCCAGGAAGAGCCAAUGAACAUGGGUGCCUACAACUACAUUGCGCCUCGCCUAUGCACCGCCAUGAAGUCAUUGAGCAGAGGAACUAUCGAUGACAUCAAAUACAUUGGCCGCGCUCCAUCUGCUGCAACAGCCACUGGUUUCUAUCAAGUUCACCUCAAGGAACAAGCAGACAUUGUGCAUAAAGCAGUGCAGCCGGAGCCAAUAGAUUAAAUUGAUUGGAGUAGGGGACUCUGACUGCUGGAAAUCAUACAAUAAUGUAUUUGCUUAGAUACUAUAUGAAAUGUCCUGAAUCUGUUGAUUCAAAACAAUUGCUUCAAAACAAUUGCUAUUGCUAUAUUUUGAUCAUCUAGCCACCAUGGUAUCCCAUCAUUCCCAUGCAAGUUAAUAGCAUGUCUAGUUUUGAUUGUUCUGGUUGAGAAUAAUGUGAAGCUGUUUUGUAAUAACACAAGGCUUGGUAACUUUGAAUUUCUGUUUGUUUGUUUAUUUAUUUAUUUACACUUUCAAGG